UUCAAUCUUCAGCAUCUUCGGUUUGGGGAAAGAAAUAGGGAAAAGGAGUAGUAGUAGUAGUAGGUUACUACUCUACUAGGGCAUCAAUCAGUACCAGAUAGUUUUAGUUUUAUCGCAAUACGAUCGUUCCUGCAAAAUGGAGCAUUCACUCUGGAGCCAUUUGCCGCUGCUGGUGAGGUCUAACUCUAAAGAAUCAGUCGAGUAUAUUCUCCAAACCCUCUGGAGGACUCGGAAGACUGGUCUCGAUGCUGCCGACCGUGAUAUCAUCAGAGAAAUGCUUCAACUUGAGAAUGAAACCGACCUUGAUCCCCUUCUGGUAUGCCUCCGUAUGCUGAUCCGUAAGUGUGUUUACGAAAAUGUUAGCAAGGAUGAGAUUCAAAAGCUAUUUCCUGGCGAGGUCUUGCCUGAACUACAAAGACUACUGGUCCUCUUGCUACAAAAGUUCCAAAGGGAGUGGAGGGCUGAGGCUCUUAACGAUCAGGUUACUUUGCCUCGGUUAAAGGCAAUGACAUGGAAUAUGGCUAAUCAAAAUGCAGAAUCGACAGAUCCAGUGGCUGUUAUUAAUUUAAAGCUUCAGGAUGAUACACAUUCUUUAUCAGGAGAGUCAGAGGUCAAGUUUCAAUUAGCAAAAGAUGCUCUGGAUACAAUGUUGAAGUCUAUGUACUAUAUAAGAGACCAGUUGUCAGACAUGGGGGAUGGUUUAAAUGGACAUUGUCAGCCCCAGGAAACGAGUAUGACAUAGUUCAUUGAGAUUUGCCGACUUGAAAAGGUACAGUUUGCCUAGCUACAUGAUUGGUGUAAAGAUCACCAAGUCUUUUGUCAAGGCAUCCACAGUUAACAGUUAUGGGCUUCCAAAUCCAGUAAAGUUGCUGAUAAUUAGGCUUGUGCUGCAAUUCUACUCAAUCAUCUCACUUUUUUUCUUACUUCAUACUCGGUUGAUGUACCUAUUGUGUUGUCCAUGCCAUGUAACAUCACCAGUCAUGUAAUAUAUGACCUGUCUCAUUUUCUGAUUAC